AUGGAAGACCCAGGCCCUCCCGCAGGCUACGGAGACCUGACGGUCUCCGUCCGCCUGAUCUCGCCCGCGCAGGAUCUCACUGAUUUCCCAGACCUCUCUAAUUUGCCCGUGUCGACCACCGUUGGCCAGAUCAAGAUCUUGAUUGGGAACGAGUUGACCUUUCGCAACCGGUCGCCCGCAGGUAUGCGGGUUAUUUACCGUGGCCGGCUACUGGAUAUGGAUGAAAAGACGCUCGCGGAUGUGUUUGGUAUCUCCACGAUCCAAGAGACCAGACUGCAAGUCCUCCAUCUUGUUUUGCGGGACAACGGCGCCAGCGCGAACGUGAACCCUGCGCCCAUUCCAAACGUUAGGAUGGCCAAUCCUUUUGCUCCGAGAACCGUUCCCGGUGCACCCCCGACUCUGCCUCCGCUAUCUGCUUACCAAAACCAUCGACCACAGGGGUCUCAUGUACCCACUGCUUUCGCCGCAACGCACCAGCGAAUCGACCAACAUCCCGGGCAAUAUCCCACAGUACACCACGGGCCACAAUUCGGUCAGGCCCAACAGACACAGCAGACCUCGGGCCAGUUAGGGGGUGUGCGUCUCGUUCGCGACGUGCAGCAAGAACUCCAAUCGAGAGGCGGACAAAUGGAGGAGUGGCAAAUGCAGCAGGUUUUGCGUCUGCAGCAAAGACACCAAGAGCUCACCCAGCGCUAUCCACGGCGACAAGAGGGGCUGCAUAUGGCGGAGACCACCAGACAGCAGGGAACACAGGCGCAGGCCUAUACCACCGGGGCAACUCAAGGAUAUGUGCAAAACACUGCCCGGCCCAACGUCUAUGUGUUGGAGUCGCCAACUGGUCCGCGUGCAGUUGUUGUCAGUGGUGUUCGGGACGCGCCCCGACAGAGCAUAGUAUAUGCGGAUGUGGAUACUAUACGCCGAGAAAACCAAAAUUUGCUGGCGGAACUUAUCCAACAGCAAAACCGACAAAUUCAGCAGCAGAGACAGAGCUACGAAUCCCUGAUGCGACAAAAUAUGCAGAGCGUGGCGGUUCUACAGCACUUGCGCCAGCUCCAAUUGCAAAGCGACCAGAUGAAUGAAGAGCAAGCUGCCGCCCAGCAGAGAGCAACACAGGGUCAGGCAGGCCAGCUGGACCCAACAGUUGAGGCUGGCCAACAACAACAACAGCAGCAGCAGCAGCAGCAGAUGCCGAAUCUAGACGCAAACCACCACCAAGGACUGGGCCUACAACCAAACAACCCUGGAGCUGGUUUCCUGGCAGCCAUGUGGCCCCAUGUUUGGCUGCUUACUCGCCUGGUGUUGUUUGUAUGGUGGUUCACAAACCCCGAUGCCAGCUGGACCCGCUGGAUCAUGGUGAUCCUUAUUGCAACGGCCGUCUUCAUCUACAACACGGGUGUGCUUGACGGCCUUGCUGACCAGAUCUGGACGCCCAUCCGUGCCCACCUCGACGGUCUUGUCAACCCUCAAAACACAAAUGGCCAGGCUGGUGCACAGAAUGAGGCCGACGCUCAAAACGCCGCGGUCCCUACUGGUGAGGCGAAUGCUGCUGUCGACCGUGCUGGCGACGUUCCGCCCGCACCUCCCCCUAUUGGCCGUGCCGGUGGACGCGACCCCGACCCUGCCGAGGUGGCGGCGCGGCUGGUAGCACAGCGCCAGAUUAACAACGGCCAGCGUCUGCGGGAUUUUGCACAGCGGCUGGAGCGCAUUGGAGUAAUGUUCCUUGCCAGCCUGGCUCCUGGCAUCGCCGAGCGGCACGUGGCUCUUGCGGAGGAGCGCGAGAGAGAGGAGCGCCGCCGUGCCCAAGAAGCAGCGGAGGCAGCGAUUGCAGCGGCAGCAGAAGCACAAGCUCAAGCAGAAGCUGCGGCGGCGGCGGCGGCUACAGCAGUAGAAGAGGGAGUGAAGAACACCAGCGACGAGAAUGCAGAGACUGGCCAAGGUGCCCAGGAGGUGGAGCCCAGCUUGGAGGACGAAACUGCAGCCGUCGAUGCGCAGUGGCAGAUUGAGCAGCAGCAGCAGGUUGAGCGGGAUGCGGUGGCCGGUGUGCAAUAG